AUGAGCUCUGAGCGCCUCCUGCACUUCGUCUUCUUCCUCUUGCCGAUAUUUCUCUCGGAGCUUCCCGGCGGUGCCGCCGGGAAUACACAGGCGGAGGCCCUCCUCGUUUGGAGAGCGACUCUCAAGAGCCACGAUAACAUCAGCUCUUGGGCCGUCAACAGCAGCGCCGCUCCCUGCGGGUGGAAGGGCAUCGCCUGCCGGCAAGGGAAGGUGAUGGGAAUAGAGCUUCCCGGUGGUGGGCUCGCCGGCGACCUGAGUAGCCUCGAUUUCUCUCUCUUCCAAGAUCUAGAGACCAUCAACCUCGCCGGCAAUGGCCUCACAGGGCUGAUCCCUCGGAGGAUUGCCAAUCUGAGCCAACUCGUCUCUCUCCAGCUCCAGCAGAACCAACUCUCCGGCGAACUCCCCGGCGAGCUUGGAGCUCUUGGGGAGAAGCUCCUCCGUCUAGAUUUGAGCGAGAACCACCUGAUCGGACCCAUCCCUCCGUCUCUUGGGAAUCUCUCUGCGAUUAACCACCUGAUCCUCUUCAAGAAUCAGAUCGACGGGGAGAUUCCCGGGGAGCUGGGAAACCUGGUGAACCUGGAAGAUCUGGAACUUAACUUCAACCGUCUCUCUGGUUCGAUCCCGCGGACGCUGGGGAGGUUGACGAAGCUCGGCGUCCUGCAGCUCUACGAGAAUCGGCUCUCGGGUCCGAUUCCUUAUUCUCUGGGGAACUUGACGGAGCUCAACACCUUGUUGCUUUUCAACAACUAUCUCUCUGGUUCGAUCCCCCCGGAGAUUGGGAGGUUGAAGAAGCUCUUCCUGUUGAGCUUGAGCACCAACAACCUCACCGGGGGCGUGCCCAGCUCGUUCAAGAACCUCACCAGUCUGACAGAUCUCCUCCUCUUCGAGAAUGAGCUAUCGGGAGCUCUCCCAAAGGAGAUGGACUUCGCCGCCAUGGCCGUCGUCGGCCUGCAGAAGAAUCGGUUCUCCGGCGAGCUUCCAGCUGCGCUUUGCCGUGCCGGCGCUCUGGAACACCUCAACGCCGCCGGGAACCUCUUCACCGGAGGAGUGCCCGAUGGGCUGAGGAACUGCUCGUCAUUGGGGAGGCUCAUCCUCAGGGAGAACCAGCUCGUGGGGAAUCUCUCCGAGGAUUUUGGAGUCUACCCAGUUCUGGAAUACGCUGAUUUGAGCUCCAACAGAUUCUUCGGCGAGUUAUCGGAGAAGUGGGGAAGAUGCACCAACUUAACGAUGCUCCAGAUCUCCGGGAACAACAUCUCCGGCGAGAUCCCCCGUCGGCUAGGGGAGUUGACCAUGCUGAAGGUGCUCGAUCUGUCGUGGAACCAGUUGCGAGGAGAGAUCCCUGAAGAACUGGGCGGCGGGUUGAUUUCCCUCUUCGAGCUGAGAGUGAACGGCAAUGAGCUUUCCGGCGAGGUGCCGUCGUCGAUCGGGAGGUUGACCGAGCUGGAGAUUCUUGAUCUCUCAGGCAACCAGCUGAGAGGGCAGAUUCCAGUGGAGAUUGGCAACCUUGCCAAGCUCCGCAGCAUGGAUCUGAGCCGGAAUAUGUUCAACGGGAAAAUCCCCACGCAGAUUGGGAAGCUGCUGGAUCUCCAGAUCUUGCUUGAUCUCAGCAAGAACGCCAUCGCCGGCGAAAUCCCGCCGGAGCUGGGGAAGCUGGUGAUGCUGGAAGCCCUAAAUCUUUCCUGCAACAGAUUAACAGGAGCCAUUCCCGCCUCUCUGCGGAACAUGAUCAGCCUCUCUUCCAUCAACCUGUCGCACAACUUCCUGGAGGGUCCCCUCCCGGAGAGCGACUUCUUCCGGCGGGCACCAGCGGCGGCGUUUACCGACAACCGGGGGCUGUGCAACGGCAGCGGCGGCGGCGCCGCCAGCGAGCUGGGUCUCCCUCCUUGCAACUCCAUUUCCGACGUUCGAGGAAGAAAAAGAAGGAAGGUGGUGCUUCUCUCCAUCUUCUUGCCCCUCUCAGCUGUCGUCUUCUUCAUCCUCGCGUUGGCCGGAUACAUCUCCUGCUUCCGCCGGAGGAGAGGGGAUGUCGAGGAGGAAGAUGAAGGGGACGUGGAGGCCUUCUCCUCUGCGGAUCUCGGAAGAGGGAUAACCCUCCAUGACGUCGCCGCCGCCACGGCGGGCUUUGACGACAAGUUCUGCAUCGGGAGUGGCGGCUGGGGGAGCGUCUACAAGGUGCAGCUCCCCGGCGGCGGCGGGGCGACGGUGGCGAUAAAGAAGCUCCACGCGGUCGACGGGGACGAGAGCUCCUUCAAGAACGAAGUCCGCGCGCUGACGGCGAUCCGCCAUCGCAACAUCGUGAAGCUCUACGGCUUCUACUUCAGCCGUCGGUGCAAGUUCCUGGUUUACGAGUACAUGGCGAACGGCAGCGUCGCCGCCGUGCUCCGCCGCGACGAGGCGGCGGCGGAGCUAGACUGGGCGAAGAGGGUGAGGAUCAUCUCCGAGGUGGCCAGCGCCGUCGCGUACAUGCACCACGACUGCUUGCCGCCGCUGCUGCACCGGGACAUCACCAGUGCAAAUAUCCUUCUCGACGAGGAGUUCAAGGCCUGCGUCUCCGACUUCGGCACCGCCAGGUUCUUGAAUCCCGAGCAGUCCACCUGGUCCGCUGCCGGCGCUCUCGCCGGAACCCUAGGCUACCUUGCCCCCGGUGAAUCUCUUCUUCUCCGACGCCACCACUCGUCCUUGUCUCUCCUCUGCUCACAAACACAUUCACCUUCUCUCUCUCUCUUUCUCUUGGUCUUUCUCUCUCUAGAGCUUGCUUACACGGUGAAGGCGACGACGGCGAGCGACGUGUACAGCUUCGGGGUGGUGGCGCUGGAGAUUCUGGCGGGGAGGCACGCGGGCGAGCUGAUCGGAGAGUUGCCGUCUCCGGAGGGGAGGGAGAAGCUGCUGGUGGAGGUCUUGGAUUGGCGGCUGAAACCACCGACGGGGCAACUGGCGAGCGCCGUCCUUGUGGCGGCGGCGGUGGCACUGUCGUGUCUUCGCGUUGAGCCGGCGCGUCGCCCGACGAUGGACAGCGUCUCCAUGAGGUUGACCGACCCCCGCCCGCCGCCGCUCCCCGCGCCGCUUCGCUCCAUCAGACUCCGCGACCUGGUGGUGCUCGAUGAGGCGGCGGCCGUCUCCGGCUGA